AAUAACAACAGCAACAACAGCAACAGCAACAGCAACCAUGUUCCACCAAGGAACUCUACAGAGCGGUAUUAGCCUUGCCAUAUCAGAGCAGAAGCUUGUUGCGUGUUUUGUGCGAGACGACAAUUCCGAGAGCGCAACAUGGGAGAACGAAUGGCUGCAGAGUGGUUGGAUAUCCAAUCUCCUUGUCCAAAAGGCAGUCAUGCUUCGACUCGAGGCUGGCUCCACUGAGGCUGGCUUCCUCUCCGCAUUCUGUCCGAUAUCGAACAUCCCUACGUUCGUGGUCAUACAGAAUGGGCAGCUGUGCGAUCAGAUCACGAGUGGGGUGAGCAAAGAUGAGUUCAUCAACAGGAUACGCACAGUAUUAGGAGCAGACGCCAUCCCAGGAACCGCACCCACAUCUACCUCUACAUCAGCAGAAAUAACAACAUCAGAUACUACAGAGAACCAAGCUGCAGAUGGCACUUCGGUUCGAGCUCCAGUUCCGGUCCCAGCUUCAGUUCCAGUUCCAGCUCCAGCUCCAACUGAAUACCACCCUGUCUCCACUAUUCUGCCACCCUCUUCGAAAGCCAAAGGCAAACGGAAGGCCAUACCACCCGACCCCGAGUCCGACCCAGCCUCCUCAAAUGCCGCAAAGCAAGCUGCACGCGACGCUCUCCGAAAGAAGAAGCAGGACGAGAAGGACGAGCUAGCCCGAAUACAGUCGCGCAUCGAGGCAGACAGGGCAGAGCGUAAGGCUCAAGAUGCGGCGCGAAAAGCCGACCGUGAACGGCUAACACACUCCUCAUCCCCUACAUCGGCACAAUUCCCCACCUCGACAAGCAAGAAGGGCUCCCAGGCUAGGGACGUGCAUUUGAAUGUCAGGUUAUUCGAUGGCCAUACCGUCCGCUCCACAUUUCCCCGAACCGCCAAGCUCCAAGACGAUGUGAGACUAUGGGUAGAUCAAGAGUUUACGACUAGAGCAGAGAACCCGAGACAGUCUCACCCCCCGUACAUCUUCAAGCAAAUCCUCGCCCCGCUGCCGAGUCGAGAAUUGUCCGCUAGCGACGAGAGCGAGACUCUAGGUGAUAUCGACCUAGCACCGAGCGCUACCCUUGUUCUCAUUCCCGUCCAAGGCUACACAGAAGCUUACUCGAGUAUUCCUGGCGGCGGCAUUGUAGGUGGAGUAGUUGGCGGGGUUACGGGGCUUGUCGGGAGUGCAUUUGGUCUGGCGUCCUCCACUGUUGGAUAUAUUGGAAGCACGCUAGGCGCAAUAGUGGGCUAUGGAAGAGGCUCGAUGGAAGAGGAACGCCCCCUACCCGGAAGAACGCUAGGUGAAUCACAACCAGAGACCGCAGAUCCUUCUACCGUUCGGGUACGAACACUGGCAGACCAGAGGGCUAGAGAGCCAAGAAGUCAGGAGUUCUACAAUGGCAAUCAGCUAAACUUCGAGCCAAAUGAGGACGACUCAACUCGAACAUGAGCACCUUGCUUUGUCAUACGUUCUAACCACGUAUGAGUAGCUUUCGUUACAAAAUUAAUACUCAUUGAUACUUUUCCG